UUCAAGUCUGUCAGCGAGUACUGGAAUUCCAGCAGCGCUUAUAAACUCACUCACCAAAAUCAUGCAGACCUUCAUCGUUCUCUCAGCCCUCGUGGCCGUAGCUGUCGCAGCCCCGGGAUACCUCGCUCCGGUGUACUCCCAUUACGCCUAUCACUCUGCAGCGCCGAUCGGUCACGAUGGUCGAGUAGUCGAUACUCCGGAAGUCGAACACGCCAAACAAGCUCACUUGGCUGCUCACGCUAGCGAAGCAGCAAGAAACUCCUACGGUUACGCUUACGCUCCAGCACUCGCAUACGCAGCAUCCCCCGCCUACGUCAGCUACCCCGCUCACCACGGAUACGUUCACCCUGCUCCGCUCGCCGCUGAUGGACGCGUCGUAGACACCCCCGAGGUCGCUCAUGCCAAAGCCGCUCACCUCGCUGCUCACGCUCAGGAGGCUGCCAAGACUGCUGGACACGGCUACGGAGCUCUCGCUUACUCUUACUCACCGGUCUACGCUUACGGAUACGGAUCUGCUGCGCCUUUGGGUCAUGAUGGUCGCGUGAUCGAUACACCGGAAGUAGCUCACGCCAAAGCCGCUCACUUCGCAGCACACGCCGCCGCCAGUCAUUAACAAAAAAACCUCAUUUUGUUUUCUCUCCGUAAUACGAAGAAAAUUGUUACGCCCUCGGUUCUGUUGGAAUCAUAAUGACCGGUGAGAAAAGAGCAAUGGAGAUUUCAAUGAUGUUCACUUUGCUUCUUUCGUCAUAGUGAUAUUGUGAGUGUCCGAAUUUUUCACUCUCGCGGAUGUAAUAAAUAUAUUCGUGUGGAAACAACAA